UGCCCAGAAACACGUGAACCAAAGGGGACCGACCCGGGCCCGGGCUCCCCACUGCAUAGGAUUCUGAAAUUUACAAUCACGAAAGUUCUAUUGUCUCGCGAUUGGCUCCGGGGCCGCAUGACAUCAUAGCGCUUGAUUCAUCCUCGGGGCCCCGAUUGGCUGGCCGCGCCAUUGUGACAUCACGGUCAGCCCACGUUCUGAUUAUAGAUACCCGGCGCCUUCCUCUUCCCAUCGCGGCGGUUCUGGGCUCCCAGCGCCUCCCUCCCACGUCCUCCUCGGCUCCGGCUGCUCGCGGGCGCUCCUGCCGCCGCCUCGCCGCUUCUCAAAGCCGCUGCCGCGCCUGGAGCUGAGAGGUUUUAAAAUGGAAAAUUUUGAUGCAUCACUUAGUACCUAUUUCAAGGCAUUGCUAGGCCCCCGAGAUACCAGAGUAAAAGGAUGGUUUCUUCUGGACAAUUAUAUACCUACUUUUAUCUGCUCCAUCAUAUACUUACUAAUUGUAUGGCUGGGACCAAAGUACAUGAAGAACAGGCAGCCGUUCUCGUGCCGGGGAAUUUUAGUGGUGUAUAACCUUGGGCUCACGUUGCUGUCCCUCUACAUGUUCUGUGAGUUAGUGACAGGAGUAUGGGAAGGCAAAUACAACUUCUUCUGUCAGGGCACACGCAGCGCAGGAGAAGCAGAUAUGAAGAUUAUCCGUGUCCUCUGGUGGUACUACUUCUCCAAACUCAUCGAGUUCAUGGACACCUUCUUCUUCAUCCUGCGCAAGAACAACCACCAGAUCACGGUCCUGCACGUCUACCACCACGCCUCCAUGCUGAACAUCUGGUGGUUCGUGAUGAACUGGGUCCCCUGCGGCCACUCUUAUUUUGGUGCCACACUUAACAGCUUCAUCCAUGUCCUCAUGUACUCGUACUAUGGUCUGUCUUCGGUCCCUUCCAUGCGUCCAUACCUCUGGUGGAAGAAGUACAUCACUCAGGGCCAACUGCUUCAGUUUGUGCUGACAAUCGUGCAGACCACCUGCGGGGUCAUCUGGCCGUGUUCGUUCCCUCUUGGUUGGUUAUAUUUCCAGAUUGGAUACAUGAUUUCUCUGAUCACUCUCUUCACAAACUUCUACAUUCAGACUUACAACAAGAAGGGUGCCUCCCGACGGAAAGAGCACCUGAGGGACCACCAGAAUGGGUCCCUGGCCGCUGCCAACGGACACACCAACAGCUUCUCGUCCCUGGAAAACAAUGUGAAGCCGAGGAAGCAACGGAAGGAUUGAGGUUGAAGAGUUGCAAACCUCCAAACCACGUCGUCUGAUUGUAAGCACAGUAUGAGUUGUGCCCGAUGCUCGUUAACAGCUGCUGUACCUAGUCCGGCCUACAAUAGUGUGAUUCACGUAGGACCUCUUUCAUCACUUCAAAACCCCUAAAAAACAUAUACAGAGUAGACAAGUAGGCAUAAGAUUUUUAACAUUUCUGGGCUCUCGCCGACCCCUGCGCCACAGCGCGGAGGGAGUGUUAUUGUAGUAUACGACACUGCUGUUGCCUUAUUAGUUAUAACAUGAUAGGUGCUGAAUUGUGAUUCACAAUUUGAAAACACUGUAAUCCAAACUUUUUUUUUUUUUUUACUGUAGAUCAUGCAUGUGAUUGUAAAUUUGUACAGUGUUACAGUAGAGAAACACACAUGCCUUAAAAUUUUAAAAGCAGGGCCCAAAGCUUAUUAGUUUUAAUUAGGGUACGUUUCGAGUUUUGAUUCCUUUUCAAUAGCUCUGAUUAGAAAAAUCAAAGACCAUGAUUUAUGAACUAGCGUGUGACACAUGAUUUCAGGUGACUUGUACAUGUGAAGUCAGAAACGGCACCUUCGGUUUUGUAAUAUUGGCUUUAAAUCAGGCAGGCUCAACUCUAGUGGAACAGUCAGUUUAACUUUUUAACAGAUCUUAUUUUUUUAUUUUGAUUGCCACUAUUAAUAAUGUAAAAAGGGGUGGGGGGCUCUAAAGCAGUCUUGAUGAAACUUAAAUAUAUAUUCUUUAUCUUCAAGAUUUUAGGAAGUGUGUAGGAUGAGUAGGCCAUGUUUAAGUUCUGAAGUGCUCAAUGUUUUUAUACGGGAAACAAAGCCCAUUUUGCUUCCACUUGUGAGAGAGAGGAGAUAGAUUUUUCAAGCGCGAGGACUGAUUAUAUAACAUUUGACGGACUCCCACAGAUGAGCAGUGGUUGCCAGGGUCCAGAUGCAGAUUGAUUUCUGUACUGCUAUCUAUGUUGACACAAACUUCCUUUUAAAAUGUGCCUAGCUUACCAAAAUUAAUAAAGUGUGGGGGGGCAAAGGACCUUCCCUAAAAAAAAUUUAAGGUAAAAUUAAACAGAUAGCUACAGCAUAAGAGAACUGGGAAAUUGGAUAGAGAUCAUUUGUUUAAUGUAACUCUAGUAGCACUUGUCAUAUUUUUUCUGCUUAGAAUCUAAAGAUUUGUUCAGAACCGCUUGUUUAAAAAGAAUAGACUACUUAUAAAGUCAUGUCUCACACCUUUUCGGAGGCAAUGGUCAAACAGAUACAGACUUUUGUGUGUGUCAUUUUAAAGUGUCAGCAUUUAGUCUCUGAAUACCUUCUCCAUCGGGGAAAAAUAUUCAUGGAACCACUCGUGACACAUCUUAGAAAGUCAUUGACAAUGUAUAAACUAAUUGUUGGUUUGAUAUUUAUGUAAAUAUCAUGCUUUAAUUUUGCACAUUCAUAUUAUAGGGAGCCAGUUGGUUCUCUAGUUAGUCUUGUGGGUUUUCUGUUGGAAGGAGUCACAGCAUCUGUUUUCAUUUACCUUAUCAAGUCUAGAAGGUGUAUAUUUGUAAAUGUACGUCUUCCCAGGUACUAGUUUGUGAAAGUCUUUACAUAUUUCAAUACAGAAACUGUAACAUUCAGUAGUGUGCUGUCAAAGUGUGCUUUAGCUCAUCUGGAUAUACCCACACUCUUCAAUAAUGUCUGAACAUUAAUCAUUAAAACGUUUUUGAUUACCUGUG